AUAAGAAAUACCUUUAUAAGAAGGGCUUCCAAUUCAAAACAAAUUAUAGGUACAUCGACCAAGAUGAUGUGGGUCUUAUUUUUCGCGGCUUAUGUGCCUUUUGCAUUAGCUUUCCCCUAUCAGCAACCUGAAUCGGAUUCGACCAGAAUUUCAGGAGGAAGCAAUGCAACAAUUAGGGAAAUUCCUUAUAUAGUUCAAAUAAACGUGGAUGGUAGUAAAACUUCAGACUGUGAUGCGUCAAUAAUUUCAAGACUUUGGGUUGUUUCCGCAGCUCACUGCUUAAGCAGAAUGCGUGCUGCAAACGUAAGUAUUCGGGCGGGAACAGACAAAUUCAUGAGAGGUGGUGUGGUGAUAAGAGCCUCAAAUAUAUACGUUCAUCCCAGUUAUAGUAAUAUUACUCAGGAUUAUGACAUAGGUUUAAUAAGACUUGCUUCACCACUCACUAUUGGUCCAAAUAUAGCUUCAAUUACCCUUGCGACAAAAAAACCCGCAGUGGGAGCAUCAGCUGUUGUUUCCGGUUGGGGAGAUUUAGAUUCAACCAGCGAAACCAUCCCAACACAAUUACAAAAAGUCGCACUACCAGUUGUUUCUGACCUCGAAUGUCCUCCUGUGUAUACUCCAAGAAUGAUAUGUGCAGGAUACCGUAAUGGAAGCCGAAGUCCUUGUUAUGGCGACUCUGGGGGCCCCUUGGCUGUAAGACGUACCCUCGUUGGUGUUGUUUCGCACGGCCGUGAUUGUGCUGGAAUAUCAGUUUACGCCAACGUGGCCAAUCUUCGUAGUUGGAUAUUAUCAAUUGCAUCAAUUUAAGUUACAACGCUACGGAUCUAUUUAUUCUAAAUAGAGAAUAUAUUAUAAACAAUCGUUAUUACUGAUAAUGUAUAAACAACUACUGGGAUUAUGUUAACAAUAAAAGUAUAAUAAAAAGCAGAAAAUUAUUUAUUAAA